AUGCCUAGUGCAAAGAAGGCUAAGAAGGAUGCAAAAGAGGCUGGCGGCGUGGUCGCGGCGGUGACCAAGCAUGCGUCUGGAAAGUUUACUAACGGAAACGCCCCAGGCCCUGCGUCGGACACUUCCAGCUCCGCAAACCAGUCGCCCAGCGUCGAACCCGUGGCGACCCCGUCUUCGAACGGCAACCCGUCCAUCUCGCCCAUUUUGGGCGCUGUCCCUUUCUCUGGCGCCCCUUCGUAUGCGCCCUCGCCGCGUACGAUCCCGGGAAUGGGUGACUGGGCCCCGUCGCGCGGCGGCCUCUCGACAGGCUUGGCCGGCUCGCCUGGACAUCUCAUCAAUUUGAUGGGUGAGUCGCCUCCGAGCCGAUGGUCCUCGCCUCGGCCCUAUGGCACAAGUCACACGAGCCACACGAGCCACCUCAGCCUUGCCAGCAAUGGCAGCCACCAUACCAGCGUCUCUGUCUCGCCUCCGAUGGCCGGUGAACUCCGUGGUAUAACCGGCCGCAGACCGCUAAGCUACCACAUGGACCCCGCCGUCCAGUACCCGCCCGUAUCUCAAUCAUCCCCACAGCAUCCCCCCCAUCACUCGGGAACAUCACCAGGGCACCGCCGAGACUCGCUUCAUUCGCACUACGCCCAGUCCCGUGGUGUGGCCCCGGCCGCAGCCGCAGCUGCUGCCAUUCCGAACCCUCCUCUGCCUCACCAACCGCAGGCUCAUUUCUACGGUGCCCCCGACAUUGACAUCGACCUGCAGUCUCGCCAGAACGGCCUGAAGGCUGGGCAACGAGGAUACCACUUUGCCUUUGACACUCUCCCGGCCUCUCACUAUCAAGGUGGAAGCGCCGAGACCGUCGUCACGGCUGGCUAUGAGGGUGGCUUGGAGGUACACUCCGUCUCAAAGCGUGGACUGGACCGACUCGCCAGCCUUUCGGGCUUGCGUGGAGGUGUUGUCAACGCCAAGAUUCUUCCGUGGACCGUAUCGAGUCCUGCUCUAGCGGACGCUUUCCCCCUUGUUGCAGUGGUUGUGCAUGGUCCCGUUCUGCCUCCUGCGGCCUCUCCAGAUGCAGGACAGGUCGAGGCCAGUGACGUACCGACGGAUGAACGCUGGAAACACGGCCGCACGGCCGACGGGAAGCCGGGUACCGUUGACAACAAAGAUGCAAGCCCGCAGCACUCGCCACUGGUCGGUGCCCAUGGCGAAUUUCCUACUGGUAGGACGUUUUCGGGCUCUGCCCUCCCGAUCGAAUACUACCAAACAUCUGUCGAAGUGUACUCGUUGAAGCUGAAUCGGCGGAUCUGCACACUUCUCGAGGCACCCAAGAUUCCACUACAGAUCGCUGUCACGAGUCCCAUCUUCCAGGCGCCUUCACCAUCGGGCGCAUUCCACAUCAAAGCCGAUGCCGGAAACAUUGUCAUUUCGUCGGCUGUGACAGGCGAGUGUUGGCUGUACCGGCAGAUGGCCUUUUCUGACGAGAGCGAUCUUCCAUUUAUGUUUGUGGCCAAGCUGUGGACAACACUUCAGCAGUCUCUUAAGGGAGACUCCAAUGCUGGAGACGCAGCGACCGAGGGUGAACGCUCCAGAACCGCCGCUUCUACACCGAGCUCUUCGCCGCGGCUCGGUCUUAAGCAGCCUGUGUUGUCGCUUAGCGGCAAAUGGCUUGCAUAUUGUCCUGCAACGCCAUCGUCGCAAAUCGCACUGCGGGCGGUGGUCCCUGUUCCGGUCCAUGGGCGGGCGCCCGGCUACAGCUCGAUGACACCGCCGCAUCUUCCACCCACAACCGCUGAUGUGGAUCUCCCUCAUACAGAGAGUGUCAUGAACAAAAUUAUGCGUGAUGCCACACAGGAGCUUAUCUCGGGCGCCAAAUGGGUUGGCCAGCAAGGCUGGCAAGCUUUUAAUAACUACUGGAAAGGCAGCCCGGGAACUUCGGCGCCUCAAGCGCCCCGGUCACCUCCGUCAUCAGCCUAUGCAGGCCGACUCGACGGCCAGUUUCCGCCCACGCACGGCGGGGCGGCACCGGCCGUUGUCUCGAAAGAGCCCGGCCUUGUCUCUGUUAUCGACAUCACGGCGUUAGGCGGCUCAAGCACGAUCCACCCCAUCACAACGUUCGCUCCGACCCUUGGCUGCAGUUUCCUUUCGUUUUCGCCGACUGGUCUCUGGCUCUUUAUCGCUAGCACCAAGGGUGAUGUUCAAACUGUAUGGGAUUUGUUCCGCAUCCAGUAUACCAAGGCCUCGCCUCUCCAGGCAGUUAGUGUGCCGGGCAGCUUGACCGGACCACGGGUUCGGCAGAUUGCCCAGUUCUCCCGGAUGACUGUGGCUCGCAUCGUGGAUGUGGCGUGGACCAAGCCCAACGGUGAACGUCUUGCCAUGGUCACAGAGCGGGGAACCGUGCAUCUUUUGGACCUGCCCUCGAGCGCGUUCACUUGGCCGCCGCCCCGUAGGCGGGGGACGCGGCCACCGUAUGGCGCUGGAGCUGCUGGGCCUAGUUCCGCUGGUACUGACACGGCAGCUGGGGGGACCGCUUCGACGGCUGUCUCCUAUGCAUCAAAUGCGCUGACAACAGCUUUUGAUGCGGCCCGCCCCCUUCUGACGCGCCCCCGUCGGAGCAGCUCGAACGUCCCGCAGUCCACAGGCGCUAUCAUUGCAGACCAUGCCAGUCACGGCGGCAAGAUCAUUGCCGCUGGCAUCAGCCACUCCCUUGGGAAAACGGGCAAUGCCAUCAGCCAGCUCCGACAUACUGGGGAAAGCCGUGUGUCCCUUCCAUCGGGACCGUUCGCUCCAGGGCCUUCGUGUGUUGCCUGGGUGGCCGGGAAGCGCCACCACUCUCUGUUUGUGUUGGGUGAUGGCUUUGUCCGCCACUUUGUCAGUCGCACGCGGAAGAAGUCGUCGGGCCAGCGGGUCCUGCAUCUUGGAUUCAACAAAGACCUUCGGGUGCCCAAUCUGCCAGAUGAUCUGUUGUCGACGGCGGUCCAACACUAUCUGGACCCCGAAGUCUUCUUGGACUUUGUAGAGCAGAAUGACGCCGGGUCCAACACCAUGGUGCUUGCCAACCAUGCGCAGCACCCAUCCGUGGUGCCCACCGCUGUGGAGUCGUCGAUCCCACACGCCGAAAUCGAGUCUAGCGCACCAUAUCAGCCUUUCCACACGGACCGGCGCAUUGCGCUGUACGAAUACGAUCCGCUUCGGCAGGGUGCUCUGUAUGCCCAGUCACAGUCUGCGCUGAUCUACCCUUCUUCACUUCCCUCCCACGAACCGCCGACGGCUGAGUUUUCCGCUUUAACCAUCUCCCCUCCAACACCUGCCCUCUCGACCUCGCCAAUGGACGAUGACCUGCUCACAGCGGCUCCGUCGGUCACCGGCAAGUCCAAGUCUGCAAAGAAGCAAGCUAAGGCCGCUGCCAGGGCGAAACAGAAUGAGCAAAGUCAGGACCCAGAACCUUCUUUGGUCGAUACUCUUGAGAUUGAGACCAACAACGGUAAUGGUAACGGUCACAGCAUUCCACAAGCUCCAACCAAGGCCAACAGCAGCUGGGUCUUUGGUCUGCCGAUUGUGUCCACCCUCGUAGACACGGGCUUCCCGCCCAUGUCCGAGGAAGAGUCGUUCAACAUUAGCCACGAAGAGACACGGGCGUUGCCAGCGUCGGCCAUUGAGCGCGUGCUCGAGCAAGUGGGUGGCGAAGAGCAGAUAGUCGUAACGACGCGACGGAGGCGUGGUGGCGGACGUCCGUCGCCGGGUGACCCGGACGACGAGGACGGGUUCUUUGAGGACGACUGCGAGGUCCUCGACUUUGCGGACCAGAGAGUAUAA